CUUAAAGUUGCCUUCCUUUGUAUCUUCUUUUCUCCUUCCCUUCUCUUUCUCUCUUUUUGAGUUCUUGUUGAAAACUUUCCUCUUUUAGUCUGAAGCUCUGCUCGAGAAACUGUUAUCUGUUUUUUCUUUUCCAAACAGCUUGGUCAAGAGCAAUGGCUCGUCCGAAUGUGCCCAAGUUUGGCAAUUGGGAAAGUGAAGACGACACUCCCUAUACCGCCGUUUUUGACAAUGCAAGGAAAACUCGUGGUGGUGGAAAGAUAAUAAAUCCAAAUGACCCUCAAGAGAAUCCAGACAUGUUUCCCAAUGUUGCUCCUCCCUCCAAACCUAAAACUCGGGUGAGUAGAGAAGAUGGUGAUUUUCGUGCUAAUUCUCCUGCCCGUAAUGGAGGUCGUGGAUCAAAUUCUGGUCGACCUGCUAGACAAAGUGGAGGUUCGGAUCACGGCAUUGCGAAGUCACCACUUCACCCGAAUUCCCAUUAUAACCAGGCAAAGAUAUCGGGACGAGUAGCUGCAUCUCCUGUCUUGGAAGGGAAGAAUUCAUAUGAUAGUAGCCAUGGUACUCCUGGAAGAUCAUUUGAAAGUGCUCGUAAUACUCCUGGAAGAUCAUUUGAAAGUGCUCGUAAUACUCCUGGAAGAUCAUUUGAAAGUGCUCAUGCUACUCCUGGGAGGUACCAAACGAAGCAAGAAAGUCCUGAUAGAGGAGCUGUAGUUCCAAAAUUUGGCGAAUGGGACGACAAUGAUCCUCAAGCUGCAGAAAACUACACUGAGGUUUUUAACAAGGUGCGAGAGGAAAGACACGUUGAUUCUGGAAAUCCAGGCGCAGUUGGUAGAGCAUCUUACAGCACACAAAGGAAUCAACGAAACGAAAAGCAAAAGAGUUGCUGCUUUCCUUUGUGGUGAAAUUGAGAGCCUUGCUUUUCUGGUGAUCUGAAGCUAUAAGUGGAUGUGUAAAUAGAUCAACAAUUUCCUGUGCUAUGCCAAUUUUUUCUAUGUUACGAGGCUUCUUGUAGCAAUAAGUUUGGGCUAGUGGUUUCUUGUCUUUGUUACGCUUUCAGCUGAAUUUUGCAAUUGUAUUGUCUACUUAUUGUUUUAAUCAUGUUUUGUUUGUUCCUAAAUCAA